UCACAAUCUCGUUCAAUCUUGCUUUGACGUCAGAAGAUAAUGCAUAUGGAGGGAUAUUAGUUUAGAGUUUGCUUACGAACGAAUCAAACAGAUUUCAUCUACAUCAUAAUUUGAUAAGUAAUAAUGGAUAUUGAUGAGGAUUAUGACACUGAACAAAGUGAUUACGGUGAUAUACCUAUAGUAGAGUCUCCACAUAGUGGCCCAGAUGAGGAUCAUGAAAACUGGUCAGACGUAAGCACAGUUGAAUUAGACCUGUCAAGCAAUAGGCUAGAGCCCAAUAUGGACAACGUACCAGUGCCCUCAGAGAAUACAUUUGAUGUAACAUUAUCAGCAGCACAUUCUUAUUUAGGACAAAAUUUAGAGGAAUUGAGAGGAAGAACUAUAUUGGAUGAUGGUAUUUAUAUAAAUCUACCAUUAUUAGUAAAGCAGUCUGUAUUGUUCCCUGGACAAACGUUACCAAUGACAGUCUUUGGCACACAGACUAUAGAGAUGUUACAAACUUGUAUACAAAACGAUCGUACUUUUGGUGUCGUGUGUUAUGGUAAUCCUGAUUUCGAGCGAAUAGGAACAACUGCUGAAAUCUACGAAUACACAGACGGAGGUAUAUGGUUGGAUCACGGUCGACGAGAGUUUCGUUUAAAAGCUAAAGGCAGACAACGCUUUAAAAUAUUACGUAUUAUUACACAGGAUAACAAUAAAAUUUCGGCCAACGUUAAAGUAUUACCAGAGAUAACACUUGAGCCACCGUUUUUGGACCAACGCUUAGCCUCAUUAGAUCAUUUAAGAAUUUCUGUCGAUUCUGAAGAAGAUAUGAAAAAGCAGGAAAGAGUAGAAAACUUGGACGCUGCAGUGACUGCUUGGCCAGCUUGGGUUUAUAGACAGUACGAUCCCAUAAGACUUUCUUUUAGAAUACGCCAGCAUUUGCAAUUUCUUGAAACUAGAGGUGGUAGUGUACCCAAAAAUCCCAUAGAUUUGUCCUUUUGGGUCGCACAAAAUAUCUUAAUGGAUCACAAUGAAAGACUCAUGUUGUUAACUUAUGACUGUGCUAUUUCUCGAUUACAAAGAGAAAUAAAAUAUCUCGUAGAGGAUAAAAUAUAUGUAUGCGUUCAUUGUGAAUCCUUUAUUGGGAGGCAGUCACAUAUGUUCCCGAUGAAUCAAGAAGGCCCACAGGGUACUUAUGUCAAUCCUGGUGGUGUUAUACAUGAAACUAUAACUUUUUAUCAUGUUCAAGGAGUUGUACUUAACAAUUCGGAUCCUUCGACUGAGUAUAGCUGGUUUCCAGGAUAUGCAUGGACAAUAGCUAUCUGUAAAGGUUGUCGUCAUCACGUUGGUUGGAAGUUCACAGCAGUUCAAAGUAAUUUAAGGCCCAAAGAAUUUUGGGGAUUAACACGUAGAAGCUUGAAAAAUAAAGAUUUAAAAGUUAAGAAGAAGAAAUAAAAGAAAUAAACAGAAGAUUAAACAUCAAUAUAUAUUAAGCAUUGUAAUUGUCUUAGCAGUUAUUAGAUGGAUAUUCUUUGAAGCAGUACAACAUAUUUAUAUACCACAUUACUA